CUAAACCCCGGCAAUCCUCCAUUUUUUCCACAACGCUUCUUUGACUACAGUGACUGCGACAGCAAUUGAAGCGCAAUUGCCGAUCCCGCGACAGACCCAACCAUGCCACCACGGCUCAAUAUCUGGUCGGCCUAUAGGGCCCUUUCAGUUCGGACCCGGGCUUUUGCCCAAGCUACACAGCCGGGGCCGGCCGCGCAGACGAGGGGGUUGGCUGACAACACGACAUCGCGAUUCCCCCCGAGCGCUUCCGGCGCGUUGCCGCCGUCUAUGCUCCCGGAGAGCGAACCUCUAGCCUACACCAGCAAAGAGAACGAAGCCGCCUUAAAUCAGUUGCGCAUGAUUGAGUACGGCCUUAGCCCGCUAGAUCCGUCGGUAGAGGGCCACAAAUACGGGCUGCCUGAGUUGCCGCUGCCGUCACAAAAGCAUGCCAAACAUCGCUAUGACGCUGUUAUCACGCAAGUUACGAAGCUACUCAUGAGAGAUGGAAAGUUAGCGAAGGCACAAAGGGAUAUGGCCAUGAUCCUCAACUACCUCCGGACAUCACCACCGCCGAAGCUCGAUCCAGCGAAACCACUUCUCCCCGGCGCGCCCCCGGCGCAUCACCUCCCACUAGACCCGGUCCUCUAUCUCGGCCUCGCUAUCGACUCGGUUGCGCCGCUGAUUAGGAUGCGCGGCUUCAAGGGCCUGGCAGGCGGUGGCAAGUCACUCGAAGUUCCCAUGCCGCUACGGGCGCGGCAGCGGAGGAGGACGGCGUUCCAAUGGAUUCUGGACGUGGUCAACAAGAGAAAGUCGAAGGGCAGCGGUCGUAAUAUGUUCCCGCACCGCGUGGCGGAGGAGAUUGUGGCCGUGGUGGAGGGUCGGUCGACGGUUUGGGACAAGCGUCUGCAGGUCCACAAGGCGGGCACCAGCAACCGUGCCAACUUGACGCACUCAGGCAUCAAGGGCAUGAUUUGAGGAGGAACGGCCGGACCGGUGAUGUGGACCUGGUGUUACGGACUUCUGCUAUAGAAUGGAACCCUCUGCAGGAACUGUAGGGGCUGAUUCUAUGGUGGAGGUCCUGAUGUGCUGUACAAUAGUUGUAUGAAUUGCUUGUUC